UCAGAUAAUUGUUCAGUUUUGAACCUUAGUGUUUCUUCUAACAUGGUGUACACAUGAACACAGGGAGCCUAGACCCCCUGUUUGGGGGCGUGGAUGGGGAAGGAGUCCUGCUGCCGGAGGGGAACCACCUCCCCCUCCACCUCUUUGAUCUCCAGCAUGUCGAGCUGGAAGAGGGGGAGGGGGACGGAUCAUCAGUGGCUGAUAGUGAAGAUUGGACUAAGUAUGAUGAGAAGGAUUGGUGUACUGAGGGGGGCAAUGUUGAAGUUGAUCAAACACCUCUGCAAAACCAACUCAAGAAAAAUAAAGAAUCACUGGCUGUAAAGCUUAAACUACGACGACCAAUGACUGCCCUGGUUGAACAAGGAAUAAUGCCGGAAUACAAGACUUCCCCUUCGCUUCACGAGCAGAGGACUAAGCUUGAACGGGCCCAGAUGGGAGACAGGCUGAGGCAGAAGAUCGCCAGUAGGCCUGACAGGCAGGAGCUCGUGCACAGGCAUAUUCUCGAGGAUGUCAGGCCUGAUGUUGACCCCUCGCUGUGCUCACGACAGCGUCAGCUCAAGCGCGCCAAGCUGGCGGAUAGUUUAGCCAGUCAGCUCUCACAUAGACCUGGUCCUUUAGAGCUCAUUCAGAAGAACAUUCUUCAUACAGUAUCUGAUUUACACAGUGACAGUAGUUCCUCUAAUAUACCGGGUUUGUUGUCUCAAACCUCUGAGGUUGGUCUAUACGAGGCUGGAGGUCGUCUGGUUUAUGUACGUCAGGUGUCAGAGUGUGAAAACGAGGUUUUUCUUCAGAAUAAAUCCUCACGGAGCGAAUCCCUCGGAGAUAUCAAUGCAAGGCCCCUUCAAAGUAUUGGUGACCCUGAGUUAAGACUGUUAUCCCGAAGUGGUAGCCUCGGAGGAGAUAGUUUUGGAUCUAUUGGUGCAAACUCAAGCUUCGGAGGAAAUUCAAGUUUCGGAGGAAAUGUUAGCUUUGGAGGCAAUAACAGCAUCACCAACUCUAGCUUUGAUGUAAGCUCGCUGGAGAGCCCGUCCUUUAGUUCAACUUCGUCUGGGGUGAGCAGUUUGUCUGGGUUGAAUGGGCCUAGUUUGCAACGUGAUGCGCCGGGUAAAGAACGGAAAAAAGUAAAACUAAAGAAACCUGGAACAGCUCCUAAACCUCGCACAAUUAAGUUCCAUGAAUACAAGGGCCCUGAACCAUCAUUGAAGCGUAAAAUGGAGGAUAGAAAGGCGAGUUCGGAUACUCCCUAUGAUCUGCUCCUCAAGCAACAACAGCUUUGUCUUCAGUGGCAGCUUGAAAACCAGAACAAGUAUCCCCAGAUCCUGCUCCCAGCCACAUCAAGGAACUCAUUAAUGUCAAUUGGAAGCAGUACUUCACCUUCACUCAUAGGUAGUAGUAGUGUAUCCUUAAACUCUGGUUCCCAGACAAGCAGUUCAGUUCCUUCUCCUGCAUCUAGUAUACCCAGUACACCUAGAUCAAAUACUCCUAUUAGAUCUCUACUGCUGACCCCCCAGGAUGUAAACCAUGCAACCUCUCUCCUUAAUCGGUUAGACGACAUGAAGGUGGCUGAACUUAAGAUGGAGUUAAAAAAGAGAGGGUUGGGAGUAUCCGGCCCGAAACCGGUUCUCAUCGACCGGCUUCGACCCAUUUUAGAAGAAAUCAUCGCUGCCGGUCGUCAGCAGUUUCAGCAGCCCUACAAACAGAUAUCAAUACCCCGGGGAGGAUUAAUCAUCCUUAAACCAUCUCCAAACUCUCAACUCCUCACCCGUCCUGAACCCAACAGUGAUAAUGUUCCUCAUACCCCUCAAUCCAUGCAUGAGGGUACCCCUGAGAGUGGGGAGGAUGCCCCUAUGACCCCUCUAGGAAGUGGACCUGGGACUCCGUUUUCUCCUGUUAGUAUGAUGUCUCCAGGGGUCCGGGAGGAGUCCAGUCCUCAGCUCCAGUCCAUGGACCUAGAUUUAAACCUUAACCUCAUGGAGGCGAUACCACAACUCCUGUUCAAUUUGUUCCUCAGAUGA